AUGGAGGAUUCACACGAGCUCAGUGACCACUGCAUAUUCCCUAGCCUUGUUUGCAACUGCAGUAUUGAUCCAGUAGUCGAAACUGUCACGUUGCCAAUCGUUGAGGGUAUAGGUCAUGUCCCCUUAGACGAUAUAUCCUCAACUGUCCGCGUCAUUGGGGUGGCUUGGUCAAUAAUCCUCUCCAAAUAUACAGACUCUCAGACGGUCAGCUUCGGAAUUCUUCGCAAUGCAGGGACCAACCAGUCCCUAGAGCAAUGGCAGGCAACGAUAGACGAUAGGGCGCCAAUCAACAGCGCUACCAAACUGCAGAAAAUUCGAGAGUGGCUGGCAACCGACAACACUUACAGUAAUAUUUUCAACACCUGCGUUUACUUUGCGGGGAGACCAGUGGCAGUAGCCGAACCGAAAAUUUGCGAAAACGUUGGCACUCCAAUGAUUGGCGAUAUCACGGUCCUGAUCAACGAUAACCCCGAAGGAUGUGAAAUUUCCAUGCAGUACCGUACAUCGGUAAUGGACAAUCAUCAAGCUUGGAACGUUAUAUAUGCUCUCGACUCCGUGCUAGACUGCCUCGUAAGUCAACCUUUGCGACCAGUCACGGAUUCGCAUAUUUUGAACGCCCACCACCGAGGCCAACUCAACGAGUGGAAUAGCCAAUCACCCAGCGAACCGCUUGACUCUUGUGUCCACACUCUAUUCCGCUUGCAAUGCAUGAUGCAACCUAACGCACAGGCCAUAUGUGCCUGGGACGGGUCGUUUUCGUACCACGAAUUGGGGGUAUAUUCCUCCAGAGUGCAAGCCGAAUUAAUGGGACAUAUUGCAAAACGAGAUUCGAUUGUGCCCAUCUUGUUUGAAAAGUCGAAGUGGGCCGUGGUUGCAAUGCUUGCCGUGCUUAAGGCUGGCGCAGCAUUUGUGGUGUUGGAUCCAUCAUACCCUAGUGAACGACUACAGGACAUAUGCGAUGACGUUCAAGCGAGUGUCAUACUUUGCUCUCCUGACAUGGCAGAAAAAUGUCGAGUAAAACGUGCAAUAGUCAUCGACGAUUUGGUCCUUGAGUGGGAAAAGUCACGGCAAUCACCACCGGUGGCUUCGCGCGAUAUAGCAUAUGUUGCCUAUACAUCCGGGUCGACUGGAAAGCCCAAAGGGGUCCUUAUCGAACAUGGAUCAUUUUGCACCAACGCCAUUGCUGGCAGGAAACCGCACAAUCUGGACCACCGUUCUCGUGUUCUGCAAUUUGCGUCAUACGCAUUCGAUGUUAGUAUACACGAAAGUCUAACGCCUCUCAUGCUAGGGGGUUGCGUGUGUAUACCAUCCGAAUUGGAAAGAGUCAACAGCCUCAGAGAAGCCAUUGCUCGAUUGCAGGUCAAUUGGGCGGAGUUAACACCUUCCGUGGCAAGACUUUUGCAGCCCCAAGACGUACCGGGAAUAAAGACACUGAUACUCGGCGGGGAGUCAAUGACCGCAGGGGACAUAGCUAAAUGGCAGGAUCAUGUCCGGCUACUGUGCGCUUAUGGACCCGCAGAGUGUACCGUCGUCUCCACGAUACAGCCAUAUGUUGACAAACCAUAUGACAUCGGCCGUUCCUUUGGCGGAACCUGCUGGAUCGUUGAUAAGGACAAUCAUGAUUGUCUCUUGCCCAUUGGCGCAACGGGAGAAUUGCUCAUAGGAGGGCCUAUCGUUGGUCGUGGAUAUCUGAACAGGCCGGAUCAAACUGCUGCUUCGUUCAUAGCGAAUCCUGAUUGGGCGUCUGGUUUUGGUAUUGGAGAAGAUCGAAUGUUCUACAAGACCGGUGAUCUUGCAAGGUACCUAUCUGACGGGUCAAUCCUGUACGUGGGGCGGAAAGACAGUCAGGUGAAAGUAAAUGGCCAAAGAAUAGAACUGGAAGAAAUUGAGCACCAUGCGCGGCACUGCUUCGAGGACACUUACAUCACAGCUGAGAUCGCUGUUUCCAAGAGCAAAAGAUCGUCUCUGGUUUUAUUCGUUGCCGGCCGCCAGCAAUUCUCCGAAGAUUCGAUUUCUUGCGAAAUCUUCCGUCAGUCCACGGUCCCAUUUCGAGAAAAGGUACGGUUUGCGAUAGAUCAACUGAAAAACGUCCUUCCACGCCAUAUGAUACCGGCUGCAUAUAUUCCACUAUCAUUCAUGCCGGUCUCGAAAACGGGGAAGGUUGCCAGAAAAGUACUCAAAAUGGCACUUGCCAGUUUGUCCGACGCUCAACUGAGUAAUUAUCGUCCAUCGAGCGCAACUGCAAAUGGCCAUCCACCCGUAACAUUCACGCAGAGAAGUAUACAAAACCUCUUUGCCGAGGUCCUUGAUCAGCGUGUUGAAGGCAUAGGGCUGGAUAGCGGUUUUUUCGAGUUGGGAGGAGACUCGAUCAGUUCGAUUGCGCUGGUCGCACGGGCUAGAGAGCAAGAUAUAGGGCUCAGCGUGGCCCAUGUCUUCACCUAUCAGACACCCGGAAAAUUAGCGGCAAACUUGGAAGCGAUACCAGAAAACGAUGACACCACGGUCCUACCUUUCUCUCUUCUUCGUCAGACGGGAAAGGCAGAAGCAUUUCAAUGUGCCAUCGAUCAAUGCGGGAUCAGUGCGGACCAGGUAGAGGACAUCUACCCAUGCACACCCCUGCAAGAGGCAUGCAUUGUGUGCACAAUGAACAGACCAGGUUCAUUCCAAGCACAAUUUAGUUUUGAGGUUCCACUAGCGAUAGACUUGACGUGUCUGAAACAAGCUUGGCGCAAAGUGUCCGAUGCAAACCCAAUCCUACGGACCAGGAUCAUCCAAACUACCAUGUUACAGAUGCUCCAGGUUGUCACCAGUAACGAUGUCGAGCUACCCUGGGAGCUGGUUGAAGAAGGCAAUAGGGUUUCCCAGCCAAUGAUGGGCUUGGGAACACCCCUAGUACAAUUUGCACUCUCUCUUCCAAUCGAUGGCAAUUCUCCGUCGACGUUCACCUUGAUGAUGCACCAUUCAGUAUUUGAUGGAUGGUCAUACAGACUCGUCCUGGAAGCUGCGGAGGCUGCAUUCCAAGGCCUGGACAUCAGUCGGCAUGCUUUCGCGCCUUUUAUCAGCUAUGUAUCGACAAUUGAUAUGAAUAGCGCCAAGCAAUACUGGGCUCUCAUGCUCCAAGACUUGCGCCCUGUCAUAUUUCCCCGGUGCCCUACACCAGGUUAUGUCCCAAGGUCGGUUGCAACGGCAGACUGCCAUGUCAAAUUAAAUGGGUGGCCUCGAGGGGCCUACACACCAUCAAUGGUCAUUCGAUUGGCGUUAGCAUUGCUCAUAUCUUGGUGCACGGAUACGAACGAUGUUGUCUUUGGCGUCACUGUCACUGGACGCACUGCACCAGUCUCCGGAAUCCACCAGUUGAUGGGGCCGACUAUAGCUACACUUCCUCUUCGUGUAACUCUAGAUCCUCGAAUGACUAUGGAAGACACUCUCGUCAUAAUGCAAGGCCAGUCUACGAAGAUGAUCCCUUAUGAGCAGGUUGGCUUACGAACGAUAAAGCGCACCAGCGAGGACGCUGCAGCUGCGUGUGGCUUCCAGACUUUGCUUGUGGUCCAGCCACCAGCGAAACCGAAGUCGCCGGGAACCUUCCAAGAACGGCCCGAAAACACGGCGGAGCAGUUGAAAUAUAACUCACAUGUCUUGACCCUCGUUUGUGACCUUGAAGACUCAUCGCUGGCGGUAACCGGGGUGGCAGAUGAUGCCCUUUUACCACGGGAUGAGUUACUUACGCUCCUCCAUCGCUUUGAGUACCUCCUUUAUCAGAUUACCGAUCGACCCGCUGCGGAAGUCGGCAGCAUCAUUCCGGUUGGGGUGACAAACUGUAUGGAUGGUGGACUUGGGUCAAUAACGCGUGUGCCCUGUGUUGGCAUCCAAAAGGGUACAUCAGACCGUCCACAUAGCAAUGGCAAGGCUCAACCUGUUGCCAAUGAGGUUGCUUUCAACCACGCCAAGAGAGUUUCAGACCAGUCAGAAAGAGAACAGGCAAAAUUGAGGGAAAUUUUUGCCCAUGUUCUCGGUGUCGAGAUCAAGGAUGUUGGCAUUCAUGAUGAUUUCUUUGCCUUGGGUGGAGACUCUGCUGUUACCAUGCAGGUCGUCAUGCUGUCUAAGCAGAAGGGGCUGUCUUUGACCACGCUCGACAUCUUUGAUGGAAGGACGGUCGAGCUCAUCGCCUCGAGACUAGAGGAACAGGCGUCUCUCAUUCCCGAAUAUAGGCCCAAAAAGGUCAAAGCUGAUAAAUUCUCUCUUCUUGGUUUGACAUCGCCUGGGACAGGACAUGUCUUGACGAAGGCCAGGAGAGCCGUCGGAAUCCAGGAAUCCGAGAUUGAAGAUAUUUACCCAUGUACAGCAGUACAUCUCGGGUUACUACUUACCCAGUCACUGGACCCGUUCAAAUUCCGAUCGUACACCAUUUGGGAGGUGACCAUGUCAGACAGUGACCAUUAUUCCGCCGCCGAUCGUCUUCAGAAUGCCUGGAAGAUUCUUGCCCAUCGUCAUCCUGUACUGCGCACGGUGCUUGUCGAUAUUCCAGCCCGCGGGGGGGUAAAUAAAACACACCACGUUGUGCUCAAAGAAGCAUUAACUGACGUUCACUUCCUGUCAUGUGCCGAUGACGAUGCUCUUUCUCUUCUUCGCAAGUCCCCCCUGCCGGAUCAACAAAGUUACCAGUCUCCUCUUCAAUUCACCAUUUGCAAGACCAACACAGGGAGAGUGCUUUGUAAGCUUGAGGGUGGGCAGGCUCUGGUCGAUGCGACAUCUGUGCUGAUCCUCAUGCGCGAGUUGGCUCAAGUGUGCAAGGACCAGCCUCCCGAUGCCAGAGGCCCUCUCUAUAGCUCAGCGGUCGAGUAUCUACAAAAUGUGUCGGUGGCUGACAGUCACCAGUAUUGGAAAGGUAUCAUGGCUGGAAUACAACCAUGUAUCUUUCCACAACUCGGAGUCGAGGCAUUACAGCAAAAGCAGCUCCACGUCGCUAGUCUAUCUCUCACUAGAGUCAUGGCAUUAAAGAAAUUCUGUGCUCGAAACAAGUUCACCGUUGGGAAUAUCUUCGAAGUUGCCUGGGGCCUUGUACUCAAUCGGUACACUAAGUCGGAUGAUGUGUGCUUUGGCACUCUUGUAUCCGGGAGAGAUCUUCCGAUCCCAGAGAUGCAAGACCUGGUAGGCUCGUUCUUCAACCUUCUUUGUGCGCGGCUCCACUUUAACAGUCAGAGCUCGGCCCUUGAUGUCCUUCAACAGAAUCAAAGAGAAAUUGGGAACCGCUUAUCCCAUCAGCAUUACCCUCUGACCGAGGCCAUUCGGCUGUCGGAUCAUUAUGGAAGAAGGCUCUUCAACACCUGUGUCUCAAUGGAACAAGGUCUGUCUAGCGGGGUGGACGAGGACGGACUCCGGUUCAAAGAACUGAGUACGCAUGAGCCGACAGAGUAUGAUAUCGUCGUUACCAUCGGCGGCCAGAAGGACACAGUGGACGUGAAUAUGACUUACUGGUCCUCCGUCCUAACCGAAAAAGAAGCCAGUGUCCUGCUGGAGACGUUACGGACAUCUGUCAACGAGAUUAUUGGGACGCGACUGCCUUGCGAUCAUUACGAUUCGGCCGACGACACUUUAUCAGCUUCGAUCAAGCAGAACCACUCAGAGGUCACGGCAGCGUCCUGAGGUUAUGAGAUAGUAAAAACGGUAUUAGAUGAAAACUUCAUAAAUCAGGGACAUCGAAAGCCGUCCAAGC